AUGGACGAGGAGGCCAUGGCAACAUGUAGCAGCAGCGAAUCGGUACUUGUGGUACCUCCGGCGAAAAUUUUGAAAGCGGUCAGCGCUUUGCAUCUCCUCUUCUUUGCGCCAUCACCGCCGCAUAUUCUCUGCGACAGGGUUGCUAUGACCGAACUCUUCAUGUGUCACCUUUUGGUUUCUGCCGCUGGUCUUGGCGCUGCUGGUGGUGAUGGUGGUGGUGCUGCUACUGUUGCUGCAGUUGCUGAUGGGACAUUGAAAAAUUCAAUGAUCAGAGAACGGAUGUCACCAGCUAGUGUGGAUUCUGUGGUGCUUCCAUGUUCACUGCCGCUUUGCCAACCCUCCUGUUCGUCAUCACCAUCGCCGAUAACGAUCAGUAGGACAUCAGUUGAGAUCACUACAUUAAGUACAUCAUUCACUGCAGCCAACACUUUCACCACUACCGGUCCGAAAACCACCGAUGAAUUUUGCGUGGAUGCUCAUCUACUGGAGAAAACAUCACCUCCACAGCGUCUACGCUCAUCAUCACUGCCAUUAUUGCCAUCGCAAGCAACAAAUGAAGUGGAGAAAAAGCAGCCAGAGGUGCUGUCAACUUCAGCGUCAGACAGCAAUGUUGCUGAGCUGCCAGAGUGCUCAUCUCUUCCUUCUUCAUCGGAGCUAUCAGUAAAGUUAAAUGAAUGUGACCUGGGAAUUCCAUGCCGCUGGAGCAAUUGCUUGGAACGAUUCCAACACGAUAAUGACCUGUACGACCAUGUUGUCAAAGUAAGUUCUGCUAUUUUCACUUGA